UUUUAUUACUUAGUAUCUCUUGCAUUGAUCACCUGCUUUUAUUUAGCAUUAACAAACGUUCUUUAAUUCUUUGUCAUGGGAGCUAAUGAAAGUGGUCAACAAAAUCUUCUUAGUGCAAUCUCUGAUUGUGUGCAAUAAAAAAUAUAUUUUCUUGAUAAGACGGGGUUGUGGCGAUAAAGCAAAGCAACUGUAAGCAUAUAUCUGUGCUUGGGGAACUUCAGCUCUACAAGAUCAGUUCUCCACUGGCAUUCAGAGCGUUCGGUCGCCACCAAGUCUAAAAAUAAACACAAAAAAUAAAAGAAACAAAAAAUUAACUCAAAGUGUGACCCACAUUGUAAGCUGUGAAUAUGUCAACCGUACAAACUGUUCUGGGCACCAUCACACCCAACCUGUUGGGGCGAACUUUGACCCACGAGCAUGUGGCCCUCGAUUUCGAGCAUUUUUACCGCCCACCACCGCCGGAUUUCGAGAGUGAGCUGAAGGCCAAGAUCAGCAUGUCAACCCUGGGUUAUGUCCGCCUGUAUCCGUAUUCCAGCAAGGAAAAUGUCCGCUUCUACGAUGGAGAAGCUCUGGAGGCGGCCAAAAAGGAUGUUCUCCUCUACAAAAAACACGGCGGUGGCAGUAUUGUCGAAAACAGUAGCUAUGGCCUGAAGCGCAACUUGGAGUUUAUUGUGGAGCUGGCCAAGAGCACCGGUGUUCACUUCAUUGCCGGCACAGGCCACUACAUCCAUGCCAUGCAGGAUGCCAGUCAUGCCAGCUUAACUGUGGAGCAGAUGAGUGAUCUCUACUCCAAGGACAUCAUCACUGGUCUACAGGUCAAUGGGCAGGCGGUCAAGUGCGGAUUCAUAGGCGAGGUGGCCAGUGUCUAUCCCAUUCAUGAUUUUGAGAAAAAAUCAAUUAGGGCAGCAGGUGAGAUCCAGGAAGUCCUGGGCUGUGGUGUAUCCAUGCAUCCGCAUCGUGUGACCAAAGCUCCGUUCGAGAUAAUGCGUCUUUACUUGGAGGCGGGUGGGCGUGCCGACAAGUGCGUGAUGUCCCAUUUGGAUCGCACAAUUUUCGACAUUGAUGAGCUGCUGGAGUUCGCCAAACUAGGCUGCUAUAUACAAUACGAUCUCUUUGGUACCGAGUGCUCCUUCUAUCAACUAAAUACCAGUGUGGACAUGAUCUCCGAUGGCCAACGUAUCGACAACUUGAUAAAGCUCAUUAAAGAGGGUUUGAUGGACAAGCUGCUCAUGUCCCACGACAUCCACACAAAACAUCGAUUGACUUCCUAUGGCGGUCAUGGGUAUCACCACAUCCACACCAACAUCCUGCCGCGAAUGUUCGACCGCGGGGUUACUUUGGAGCAAGUGGAGCAAAUGACGGUCACCAAUCCGGCCAACUGGUUGGCUUUUGAUCCCUAGAGGCGCGUUGUUGUUUUGCCUAGCAUCUCUUAUCAUCUUAUUCCCCCGCUGAUAAGAUUAAUUUUGUUAUUUUGGCCGUAAUAAAUGGGCGUGUCUUCAAAUUAAAACUUA